AUGGAGAUGAUGGCCAAGAGGAUUGAUGGUCUUCAAGUUGCAGCAGUGAAUACAAGUCAACCAUCACCUACAUGGGGGCAAAAUGAGGAAAACUAUGAAGAGAAGCAGCAAGAACAAGUUCAGUAUGUGCACAAUCAAGGUUCUGGUCAGAAUGAGUUCUAUGGAGACACUUACAACCUCUUCCUAGAGGAACCACCCAAGAGUGGAAGAACCUUGGUAAAUGACAAAGAAACCAACAAGAAGCCAGCUAAGAAUGAUGAGGCCAGCAGCAAGGAAGAAGUAACACUUGAGGGGAAGGACCAAGAAAAGCUCAUGGAAAAAGAGGAACAACCACAAGCUUCAAAGAAAGGAAAGCAAGUCAUGGAGGAGCAUUCACAAGAACAGAGGAAGAUGGUGAAGCCUUACACCCCUCCUUUGCUAUAUCCUCAAAGAUUUCAGAAGGAGAUCAAGGAUCAACAGUUCCCAAAGUUUUUAGAAGUUUUUAAGAAGCUGGAGAUCAACAUUCCACUUGCUGAAGCUCUAGUGCAAAUGCCUCUAUAUGCAAAAUUUCUAAAGCAACUCAUCAACAAGAAGAGAAGCUGGCAUGAGAAGGAAACCAUCCUCCUAACUGAAGAAUGCAGUGCAUUGAUUCAAGAAGGCCUCCCACCAAAACUCAAAGACCCUGGGAGUUUCUUUUUGCCUUGCACCAUUGGCAACAUAUUCAUUGAUAAAGCACUGUGUGAUUUGGGAUCCAGUAUCAACCUGAUGCCUUUAUCUUUGAUGAGAAGGCUAUUUAUAGAAGAAGUGAAGCCUACACAGAUGUCAUUGGAGCUAGUGGAUAGAUCACUGGUAAUUCCCAAGGGUGUGAUUGAAAAUCUCCUGGUCAGAGUAGGAAAAUUCAAAUUUCCAGCAGAUUUUGUAAUCCUGGACCUAGGAGAAGAGGGGAGUGACUCAAUUAUAUUAGGAAGACCCACUACAACAAAUAAGGUUUUCGCAAUGAUCAAAAACUGUUGCCAUAGAUCGAAAAAUCGUUGCUAA